GCAGCCGUCGAGGUGGAGCAGCGGACCCGGUCCUUGCAGGCUUCGAAAGAUGCCAAGGUGCCGCCAGAGUUGCUGGCCGCAGCCGAGCUGCAGCUUGCUCGGCUCAAGCACCUGCACGAGGUUCUGCGAAAAGGUGACGUCCCAGCAACUCGCCGGGCCUUGCGGCUGGCAGAGGUCGCCGGUUGUAAGGACCAGGAGCUUGCCGAGCCCCGUGCGGCGCACCUGCAGUGGAGCGUUCUGGCCAGGGAGCUCGACAUCGCGGUCUCCAUCGGAGAGACGGACCGUAUCAGGGCUGCCCUCGACCAGACGGCGCAGAGCGGCAUCUGCCAGGCGCAGCUGCAGCCGGCCAUCGAAGCCCUCGAAGCUUUCAAGCGCUCGGAUGCCGCCAUCGAGAGCCUCUCCCAGGCCAUGGACUCCUGCGAUGCGGAGCUGAUCUACCAGGCCCUCCAUUCUGCGUGCCAGGACAGCGUGACAGACAGCGAGCUCCUGGCCGGUGCACGGUCUUUGCUGGAUCGCCUCCUCGGCCUCCGGCAGCAGCUGACGCGGGCAAUGGAGGCCCGGGGGAGCGACGCUCCAAGCGCCGACCUUCAGUUUCUGGAUCAAGACGGGAAGGAGGUGCUCAAAGGACAAGCACCGAAGCCGAAGCACAUGACCGGGCCGGAGAAGAGCAGCCGCAGCGUGGCCGCGGUCUUCAGGCACCCGGGCGAGCUCAGGGUCACGGUGAUCUUUGCUACGAGCGGCGAGACCCACUCAGUAGUUAUGCUGCCCGCCGGUGCCCUGGUUUCCGACCUCGCCAAGGCACUGGACGAGACCAGCAAGGUCCCUGGCAAAUGCAGCAGCUUCCUUCGAGAUGGGGUGCCUCUGCGCAUGGAGGAUCGUUUGGCCUGCAGCCGUGGCGCAGGCGUGGAGGAGGUGAAGAUUCAGCUGGUGGUCCACAGCCUUGUGGGGCGCUGGACCUGGAUAAAGGGCGAGAGGCGGGACGAGCAGGAGGCGCAUGACUACGAGUGUCACGUUCUUCUGCUGCGCGGCGACGGCCGAGCCCAGUUCAACCAGUUUCAUUCCUGGCGGAAAGACAACGAGAACUAUGGCUCCAAGAGGACAAUGAUCGGCUGCAAGGAACGGGGUGGUCCACGAGACCAGCUGAGCAGCCAAUUCCUUCAGGGAGACGACUUGAAAGACGAAGGUCGAGGCGUAUGGGAGGUGCAGCAUGACCCGGAGCCCACCCUUUGUGUCAGCGGGCCUGGCUUCGUCUCUGCCGGGAUCAUCGAAGAUGACGACCUGGUGGCCCACGGCGCGGGAGCGAUCCCGCACGAAGUCUUCGUCGUGACCCUCCGCGAGCUGCUAGCGAGCUUCGAGUUCUCCAAAGACUGA